AGCAUCUCUGCUGCACUAGGGCUGGGGAGGGAAGGUGCCAUGCCACUGACCCCUGCCCUGCCUGGGCUCCCUGCGGUGCUGCCCGCCGCAGAUCGGCAGCAACAGCUCCUAGUGCCUCAGCUGUGGGGCGCGUCGGCUGCCUUCCCCAAGCCGCCGGUGCAAGGGCAGCGCUGGUGCAAGGUGAACUUCAGCUAUACCCCGGAGAAGGCGGAUGAGCUGCAGCUGAAGGCUGGGGAGCUGGUGCAGAUCCUGCAGGAGAUCGAGGAUGGCUGGUGGCUGGGCAGGAAGAACGGCCAGGUUGGUGCUUUCCCCUCCAACUUCGUCCAGGAGCUGGACCAGCUGCCCCCAGGGCUGGUGGCCCCAGAGCCCCUCCCAAAGAACGGGGCUGGGAAGCGGAGGCCGAAGCUGACUGAUGAGACCUUCCUCAUAAAGGAGGCAGAGAAGCCAGAGCCCCCCAAGAAGCUGGAGAAGCCCAUCCCCGCAGCCCAGAGCCCCCGGCCAAGCCAGCCCCUGCAGCCGGACUGCGAGGCCGAGUACUGCAAGGCCGUGUUCGACUACGAGCCGGAGCUCCAGGACGAGCUGCAGCUGAAGAGAGGAGACGUCGUUUUGGUUCUCCGCAAGGAGACGGAGGAUGAGGGCUGGUGGGAAGGGGAAUGUGAUGGCAAGAGAGGCCUCUUCCCCGAUAACUUUGUGAUGCUGCUGCAGCCCCUGGUGCCAAAGAUCAAGGCGGUGGUGCCCGCGCGGAGCCAGGAGUCGAUCUUCAGGCCAGAGAAGAGAGUCUCCAGUGCCAGCAAAGCGGAGCUGCGGCCCCCCCACGAGCCCAAAGAGCCCAAGGUGCAGAAGAAGAUGGACCUGCCCAAGAUGAACCUCCCUGCCACCAAGAAAGCAGCUCCAGCCCCUCCUGUCCCUGCCAAGACCAAACUGGCCUCCAGCCUUGCCGGCAGGAAUGUCUCUGCCGUUGGCAGGUCCCCCUGCACCCCGAUGAACUGUGCCCCAGCCAGUGCGGAGAGGAGCAAGCCCAAGGAGCCGGAUGCAAAUGGCUUCGAUGCUGUCCUGAUCUCCAAUGCCAAACUGAGCCACCCCACCACGACCCGUCCCAAAAUGCCAGGCAGGAAGCCGCCCAGCCAGCCGGCCGCUAGCUCUCCGCAUGUGAAGGCACCUCUGGUCCCAGCCAAGAGCAGCAUCCAGGCCAAGGAGCUGCAGCCCCCAGAGAGCCUGGGGGACCCCCACAAGGCACCGGAGAAGCUGUCCCUGGAGGAACUGGUGGCUGAGCUCCGGUCCCUGCGGAUCCUGAUGGACCUGAUGAGGGUGCAGCACCAGAAGGACAUGGAGGAGCUCAAGAUGGAAAUGAAGGAGGAGCAGGCCAAGCGCAUGGUGCUGCAGGUGGAAAUCGAGAGCAUGAAGCAGAUGCCUGCCCUCGAAGGAGCAGGAGCAGCUGUGCCAGGCAGUGAAUCGGCAGAACUGCCGGCCACGCUGUGACGUCCACUGUGCAGAGGCCUCGCUCUGCAAACUCUGCUGGGAACCGUUAAACUUGCAAGAGAAUCGCUGGCCAUUGAUUCCCCUUGGUGUGUCUUCACCCUGAGGUCAGAUCCCUGCCCCGGGGAGUGGGGAGAAGGCCCAGAGCCCCUCCAGCUCAUCUCCUGCUGCGUCUGCUCCCUGGACACUCGGGGGAAGCACAGUGAGGCGCUCUGGGCCGCGCAGCCCCCUGAGCACCGUGGUGGGGUGCAGUCCCGCUGGGCUGACCCUCUGGGGGCUGCCAGCUUUGUGAUGGGCAGCACGGGGCACCUGCCUGCUGGGAAAGAGUCAGGGCUGGGGGCUGCCAGGAGAGUUAGCGAUGCCCUAGCAGGACCAGAGCGCUAAUGCCAGCAGCGCGCAGGCCUGGCCUCGCUGGGGGGGCUGGCUGCUGCCUGGAUUUAGCCAGCACUGGGCAGUCAUCACCCCCUGGGCCCCGUCACCUGCUCAGCUCUGAAUUUCCUGUAUAUAGGCCAAAAGAGGCCCCUCCGUCCCCCUGCCCCGGGAGAGGCCGCCCCAUGUCCCAGCAGCAUCUGUCCCACUCUCUGGAGAGUGGUGCUGAGCUCCUGGCUCUCCCCCCCACUUGUCCCAGCCUUGGGCCGUGCUCAUCCCUGUGCUGUUCCCAGCCACUCCCUUGGUGUGUUGGGGGGGGGGGGGAAAUCUGGCCAUCUUUUAGCCCAGCACAACUCUCAAAGCCCACCUGUGACCCUAGCCCUAAAACCUCCUGGGGGCUGCUGAUGUUGACCCCCCCUUCCCCCCCCUCAGAAAAAUCCCUGUGCUGACUGCCCCCAGCCCUGUCUGCCGUGCGUCAGCCCUGGGGUCACCUGGCCCCGGGCUCUGACUAGACCAGGAUAUCCGGGUUUGGAACAGCUUUGCCCUAGUGCAGACAACCAUCUGCAUUGUCCUGGUCAGCUGGCCCCGUGGAGCGACCUGCUUCCUCUCGGCUAACAUGUGUUACGUCCUGCCCUGUCCGCACUAGGGCGCUCGGCUACGCUGUCCCUGGGCCAGAUGUGGGUGCGGGAAUCCUCAUCCUAGUUAAGCUGUGAUCACUCGUGCAGGCUGGACCCCCACAAGUCAGAGCCAAUGUUGGUGGUCUGUCUGCACUAGAAUCAAGUUGUGUUAGUGAGCAUGUGUUCAAACAUGACCAAGCAUUGAUGUCUGCCAGCCCCCUCCCCGUCAGGAGCCCUGUCCGACCUCUCUAGCGCUUCCACUGCCCUUUCAUCCUGAGAACUGGGCGUUUCUCCCUGGCUCUGGGAGCAGCUCCCUGCAGUGCCCACCGGUUCCACUCCCGCUAUCAUUGUCUGACAUGGGGGUGGGGCUGGAACAGCUCUGAAUGUCCCUCGCCCCCAGGAGCUGCUGUCCCACUGCCGAGAGCCUGAGGUUUUAAAAACUAUUUUAUAAAUAUGUGUAAAAUUUUAAUAAACUAUUUUUAUACAAAUCUUA